CUACAGAAGAACAGAAGAACGGCUGUGUGCUAACAAGCCGCUUCUCCCUUCAUCAGGUCACUUCUUAGGGGACAAUUUAACAGCAUCAGCACUUAAUCUAGUGCACUACAUGUGGACUAGGGCGCUUUAUUCGGACUGAUUCCCGUCAUGGCGGUGAGUGUAAAGCGCAAACAGGAGGAGAAACACCUGCAGCUGCUGCGUGAGAUGACCAGCGGGGCCGCCAACAGGAAAUGUUUCGACUGUGAGCAGCGCGGCCCGACAUACGUCAACAUGACCGUGGGCUCGUUCGUGUGUACCACCUGCUCCGGGAUCCUACGAGGCCUGAACCCUCCACACAGAGUGAAGUCCAUCUCAAUGACGACAUUCACACAGCAGGAGAUUGAGUUCCUACAGAAACACAGCAAUGAGGUGUGUAAGCACAUCUGGCUUGGACUGUAUGAUGAUCGCAGUUCUGCAGUGCCGGAUUUUCGAGAGCCUCAGAAACUGAAAGAGUUUCUGCAGGAGAAAUACGAGAAGAAACGAUGGUACGUUCCUCCAGAGCAGGCGAAGAUGUUGGCAUCUGUCCAGGUUCCUCACUCAGGAUCUUCAGCGAGCACCGGCAGCACUCCUGAAGUUCAGCCACUUAAAACACUGCAGCUCAGCAAAACUCCAUCCAGCCAGUCCCCGGUGAUCAGCCGUUCUCAGCCUCAUGAGAAGAAGUUUGACCUGUUAUCAGAUCUAGGUGGAGAUAUCUUUGCAGCUCCUCCAUCACACAGCGCUGGUCCAACAACAAACUUUGCUAACUUUGCACAUUUCAGCAAGCCCUCAGGAGGGGGGGUGUCAGCUCCACCUUUACCCAGUGUUUCAGCAGCGGAUCGAUACGCUGCUCUGGCAGAACUGGACAGUGCUCUCAGCUCCACUACACAGGGCUCCACACCCGUUCCAGCCCCGCCGGUGAUUCCCAGCAUGCAGCAGGGUUUUACAGCUUCCACAAAUCCGUUUGUCGCUGCACCGAUUCCUCUAGAGUCAAUGUGUACAAAUCCAUUCCAGACCAACAACAGAUCAUCAGCUACAGGCUCCAUGAGCAUGCCGUCAGGUUUCAGUAACACCCCCAGUUUCUGCCUGCCCACCAGUUUCAGUGGGAAUUUCCCCCACCCGUUUCCCCCGGCGUCGUACCAUCAGCAGCCAAACGGUGGGUUUCCUGUUUACGCUCAGAAACCUCGGAUGAGUUACGGUCAGCCCGUCGUCUCCAACAACCCCUUUAUGUGUGCGGUUUCUACUGAUGAACAGGGUGGAGGUCCAGCAAGUCCAUAUUCCACCAGUGGAUCAUCCACUAAUCCGUUCCUGUAAACACACACUUUAUAUUUACAGACACAUCUGGAGAAAGCGGCGUGUUCAGUGUCCGUCGCUGUGUUCAGUGCAGGUCGAGCUCAGUGUCUUCCUCUAAAUCCUCGCUCAGCUCCUGUAACGCUCAGCUCCACAUCCACAGUCCAUCCUAUUUAUGGCUUUCACUCAGUAAUGAAUAAUAACAGUGUCUUAGGCCUAGCAGUUCAGUGCUUAUUGCUGUUUGUUAACUUUAUAAAGAAGCAUUAUUUCUGAUUUAAAAGAAAAUGUUGAGAAGCUGAUUUGAAGCAGAAACGUUCCACGAUGUUCCUCUGUUCCUCCGGUCGCUCUUACAAGUGUCGGUCUUUUCAGAUUCAGCUAGAGGGUGUGGCCAAAAAAGUCUAAAGGCGGAGCUUGUGCAUUUUUUUUAUUUAAUUUGUUUUAAUAUAAAUACUAAAAUAUUAAAACGUAAGUAAACACAAAGCCUCGUAGCUCUAAUGGUAAGAGGACAGUGUGGAUUUUAUCUUUGGCUGAAGCCGACACUCUGAUAGGUGUUUAAUCCACUGACUGGAGCAGAAGGAGGAGGUUUAGAAUGAAAAGAAUCUCAGCACAAAGCAGAGGGAGAGAAAAAGAAAAGGAUGGAGCACAAAUAGAGAGUUUGGUUCUGCAGGAGCUUCCUGUGUGAGAUCUUCCUCUGGGAACGUGUGUGUAUAUAAAUAUAAAUAUAUGUAUAAUUAUUAUAUUAAAGAUUUUUAACUACUGUU